CGAAAAAAUUGAGUUCGAGCAAUCAACGUUAGUAAAAACAAAAGUAUCGAUAUUUUUCUGUACACGAAAAUGUACAAAAAAUAAGAUAUUAAUUGUUUUAUGGUCAACAAUCAUAAAUCAACUUACCUUGAGUACUAUUUUUUAAGAGACGAUCUCCAUUUUCCAAUCAUUUUGUUAUUUGCUUUAUUUCUAUUUGAUCUUUUAUUUAAAAACUACUUCAUUUUUACUUUAGAGAAAUUUUUAAUAUUUAAAAUUGAUGAUAUUCGAUAAUCUGCACAAAAUUCGCAGAAAAAAAACCUUCGCUAUGUAACCAUUCAGACUGGAAAAUAUUCUGUCGUCAUGUCGCUGGCUCUACAGAACUUAGGAAUAAUUAAUAAUGGUAAAUAUAGGAAGUUACAAAGUCGUUGUUUUCUUCCAGCAGAAUUGUUUUAUCGAUACAAAAAGGGUAUGUAAUUUUUCAAGUUGAUAUUACAGUAAUGAUACACUUCCCUUUAGGGAAAGUAAAAUUAUAUCGAUCUUACGAUUCAUAGGAAAAGACAAGUACGAAUAAACUGACGUAUGAAAUCAUAUCAGUUCGUGAGAAAAUUUCAUAAUAUCCGCGUCUGUUCGAUCUACGAUCUAAUUCACCAAAAGUUAUAUCUGUUUUAGAUUGAAAGUCUAAUUCGUAGGUUGUAGGCGUAAACGAUGUUAGAGAACUCAUAUUUUUAGAAAUCUAUAAAAGUUAUUAAUUUACAGAAAAAUGACGAUUUUAGCAUCGACUUUGAUGAUUCUCAGUAUCUGUGGAUGCUGGAGACCUCCAUCCUGGUCAUUCUCAUAUUACAAACGUGUUAUAUACAACUUAUACAAUAUCUGUGUAAUUUUUCUAGUAUCGUCUUUAUCUUUAUCCCAAAUCAUUGGUAUUGCCCUAAACAUUUCGAGCGAUCUUUCCGAAGAAAUUUACAUAUCUUUGACGAUUGCUGUAUCCUGUCUAAAAAUGUUAACUUUUAAAUUCAAUCAUAACGACGUCGUCAAGUUAAUUAACACUUUGGCAGAGGAACCAUAUAAGCCAUCGGAUAAUGAAGAAAUUCAGAUUCAAUUGAAAUUUGAGAAAUUAGCACGGUUGGUUAUAAGAAUUAUCAUACAAUUUCUCGUAAUGUAUAGUUGUUCCUUCUACAUUGGACAUCAUAUUUCAUUCGAUUUCUAUCAAAACAUUUUGUUAUUUCUCCUUUUUAGGCUCAACACGAACGGUUAUACAUCCUUAAUUGGGUUUUCGGUGAGCAGUUUCGUAUUUAUGUCUUUGAUUACAGACCUCAAAGAAAAACAAUUAACUUUUCAAGUUUGGUUACCGUUUGACAGUACGACACCUGUUAUAUAUUAUUUAACGUACACUCAACAAAUGUUAGGUAUGACAUUAGCCGGCUUUCUUAACGUCGCUCUAGAUUCUUUGAUCUGUGGCAUUUUCAUACAUAUUUGUUGUCAAAUCAAGAUCUUGGAAAAUCGUUUGAUGAAAAUCUCCAACGAACAGGAGGCACUUUUAAAAUUGUGCGUCCGUCAUCAUGAAUGCAUAUACAAAUUCGCAGAUAACGUAAAUAAAACAUUUGGACUUAUAAUGUUCAUUCAGUUUUUCGGCAGCACGAUGACAGUCUCCUUUACGUUAUAUCAAUUAACAAAAAUAUCAUCAACUUCUGUCGAAUAUGCAAAAAUGUCGCUCUACAUGUAUUGCAUGUUAAUACAAAUUUAUCUUUACUGCUGGUACGGAAAUCUAAUCACUUUAAAGAGCAGAGAAAUUAUCAACAAUAUCUUCGACAUAAAUUGGACAAGACUUGACAAUAGCAUCAAGACUUCCUUACUGAUUAUGAUGAAUCGUACAAUGAAUCCAAUCUCAUUGGUCGUUAUGAAAAUUUUCUCUCUGAAUCUCGAUUCAUUUAUCAGUAUAAUUAAAACAGCCUAUUCGGCUUAUAAUCUUUUACAACAAACGCAAGAAUAACAGAAAAAAGAUAUGUAGGAAUGAUACAGAAAGGAAUAAAAAAUAUUGUCCAAGUAUUAUAUAGUUACAAAUAAUAGAACAACAAUAUUAAUGCUAAUAAAUAUUAGAAGCUAUAAAAGUGCUAUAAUAAAAAAAAUAAUAAAUGAUUUACCUGUAAGGAAACUGUUGUACAACAUUUCCAUUCAUUUGAAUUUUCACUGAGAAUUUUCUUGGCAAAGAGAGUUGUACUCCUCACAAUAUUGCUUUUCGUUAUGUCGUUGCUACCAUAGAGUGCAUAGGAAUUAUUAAUGAACAAUAAUGAUGGAUCUUGGAAAAGUUGUCGUUCUUUCCUGCGAGAUAAUUUAACAUACUGAAACGUUAUUUUAAGAAUCGUAUCUUUUCACAGUGGAUAUUAUAAUAAUGACAUAUUUCGAUCACAAAAAUAUAGAAUUACAUUGAACGUAUCACUUAUGGGGGAGACAAAGUAGUCAUACCAAUAACAGUGAGAACAUUUCGUUCAGUACAUAUCGGAAAUCGGGAAGUUAUACUUAAUGGAAAAUUGUUUAUCGUAAAAUGCUCGAAGGACUUAUAAUCCUUGUGGAAGGUUCAAGUAAACGACACUAGAAAAGUUAUAUCUCAAAAAAUAAAUUGAGCUUUAUUCAUUCGCA